CCCAUACCCUUCAAUUGCUUAUACUCGAGUUCGUCUUCAAAAGUGUCCAGCUUACUCGUCCCCCUCACUGUCAUCAAAGGCGCAGGUCAUGAACACAUCCCUCUUCCUCAGGGCGAGAAUGCAACUGUAGCGGACUUCCACUCAAUUCGCACCAAGACUGAAGCUCCGGCGUACCUUACUUCGGGAUUCUAUAAAAUUGAAGCUGGGCCUGAAAAGCCAGCGACUUAUACUUUCGAGGAGACGAAAUAUGUCUUAAGUGGCCAAAUUGAUGUUCUGGACGAGGCAACUGGAAUCACACAUCACCUUGUCGCUGGAGACUUUGCUUUCUUCUAUGUUGGAUCCAAGGUCAAGUUCUCGACCAAGUCUCAAGGGUUUGCAUUUUACGCUGUCACUCGACCUGUCCGGACUCCUCACCCGAACCUCGAAAGCCGCGAAGAGAAAAAAGCCAAGCUGUAA